GUAUGGGUACCUGCAAUGAGCAAUCAACGGACUAUAACCGAUUUACCACUCGAAGUGCUCGAUAUCAUAUUUAGUAACUUACGAAAUCUAAGGGACAAACUUCGACUGGCGCAGGUUGAUGAUUAUCUGGGAAAAGCGUUUUCCUACCACAGCCGCAGUGAUUUCAAGAAGUUCUCACCAAAAAUACAUUUUCCCGUUCGACUUUAUCGAGUUCUGCUGGCGAACUGUGGCCCUUCUAUUGUGGAAUUUACCUGUGGAUCGGACACCUGGAGCGAUGUGUUGGCCAAAUCGAUUGCGAAGUACUGUCCCAACCUGGAGACGGUGAACAUCAGUGCUUCAUUAAGGAAUAGUCACAGUCUUCAGUUUUUUCUGUUGAACUUGGCGAACUCUUUAAUAUCGGUCGAACUGAAGCUCAACGAUAGUUGCCAAUCGCCGAGGAUUCUUAAUGCCGUGGCCGAGCUGAAACACUUGAAAAAAUUCUUGUAUGAAGGAUACAUAGAUUGGGGAGUUAAUCAGCUGUGCAAACUGGUUGAUCUGGAGGAGCUGCAACUCAUCUAUCAAGGUAGAGGAUACAGAUGCAGAGCAGUUAAUCUGCUUCAAAUUUGCGGAAAUAUGACAAAUCUCCGGCGUUUGACUGUGAGCAAUAUAUCUAUAUCUCAACCAGACAGCUUCCAUCCCAUGAUAUGGCCAAAUUUAAAAGAUUUGAAAAUGCAGAAUUGCGAAAUCUCCACAGUGAUACCCGAUUGUCCCAAGCUGAAAAGCUUAUAUAUCAAAUUCUGCAAAUGUAGAAUCAAAGGAUACGUAUGCAGUUUUAUUUUGAAAAACGGCAAUAAUAUCGAGGAAAUCGAUGAAAGCUGUGAACCGGCACCAUUUGAUGGGCAGAGUUUCCUUCAAGUUAUUCGCAGCUGUCCAAAAUUGCGAGUGUUGUCCACUCAAAUGGGUGGUAUCAAGAUCUACCAAGCUUUUGUUACAUCCGUAGUGGAUAUUCUCAAGGAGACCGCAUCAACGCGAAAGGAACCCUUCGAACUGAUAUUGUACUGCCGGGACAAGCUUAGAUGGUUUCGACGAUUUUUACAACGGACUUCUAAUCCUGAAGUGAUUCAUACGCUUUACCUGUACAAGUUUUAAGGACUGGCCAAUGGUAUAUCAGAAAACUCAAAACAAUUAAUUAUAAAUCUAUUUUAAUUAUUAUUUA